AUGUCUGAAGGGUGUCUUAUUCCAGACAUCUACUGUGACUCAUCUGCCUAUGAGUUCCUCGCCCUUCGUUCCCUUUAUAAAAAAGGCCUCUCUUUGCUAGGGUACCAUCUGUGCAACUAUAGUCUGACCAAAAAUGUGUUUAAAAUGGUUGCCUACCAAAAGUCCUAUGAGAAAAGCACUUCCUGUGGAGGAUGGAUACCAUGGAUGGUGUGUCCCCGGACGUACUAUAAAACGCAGUAUCGUACUGUUGAAGUCCCUGAAACCAUUACUCUUACAGAUUGCUGUGAAGGAUAUGAACAAGUUGGACUCUACUGCUCUUUAGCACUCAAUAGAUCCAGUGUAUUUGUCUCAAGACCUGGUGUUUGUCCAAUGGAGAAUAUGGAAACAUCUGAUUAUCCUUGCACGUUCGAUACUGAAUGUCCAGGGCUUAAAAAAUGCUGCAACUCAUCCAAAGGAGCAGGCUGUGUGGAUCCAAUGCCAGAGGGAAGAACAUUCUGGUACAAUGUGACAGUGCUUGUGAAAAUGGAUUUUAAUGAAUUAAUCAGAGUGGAUUCCCACCUUCUGAAUCAUUCACGCCUUUUGCACUCCAUGAUUACUGGUGCGUUACAGCCCUUGAAUGCCUCUGUGCACCAUAUCCAGAGUAACCGCGCAGAAGUAUACGCUGGGACGGUGGCCUCUCAGCUUCUCGUUGGACUGCACCAGCCAGCUCCGCUAGCGGAGGUUUCUUCUUCCUUGAAGGACAUUGUGAAGCGCGCGUAUGAAGUGAUUGACACAGAAGUGCAAGAUGUCAAUGAAUGUUCCUAUGCUGAAUUCAACGCUUGUCCUGAGAAAAACAGUUGUGUAAAUCUGGAGGGUUAUUACAGCUGUGACCCUCAGCAUGAACCUGCAGAUGUCAACCCUCACCAGCUGAGCACAAGAAAGGAAGAUCCCUCUGCAGUUAGAAACCACCGAAUCUUCAGCGUUACCAGCAACAGUUUUGAAAUGUCCUGGCAUGUCACUUCUACUCUGAACCAUACUUUCCAAGUCCAAGUGUUCAAGGGCAAAGAGAUUGUGCAAAACCUGAAGACAGAAGAAAUGAAAAUGGAUGUGUCUCGACUGGAAGCAGGUGUGAUGUAUUCAGUAGAGAUCAGCUAUGAAACCUGUGGAAAAAACAGCGUCUCCCGUCAAAAUGUUAAAACAGAGGCCAAGAUAUUUGGUGUUACUAUGAGGAUUCUCAACUACAACUUCACUGAUGAUUUCCAUAAUGCCAGCAGCUCAGCAUAUGAAGAAUUUUCAAGUCUGUUGCUUACAGAGCUUGAAAAUUCAUUUCCACCCAACAUUUCUGCUUUAUACAAAUCUGGGAAGCUGAAAGUGCAGAUCGAAUCCUUGCAAGCUGGAAGCAUCAUUGUGAGGCUCAGAAUCACUGUGCAGGAUCCUGAGUUUCCAGUCGAUGCCUCCACAUUCGCCCCACUGCUUUCUUACCUGCACAAUGGCUCUGCGCUUUUGGUGGAUCAGCAAAACACUGCAGUAGAAGACUGGGAUGAAUGUGCUUCUCACGCCGAGAAUGACUGCUCUGUGUUUGCAGAGUGUAUCAACUUGAUGGGCUCGUACCUGUGCAGAUGCAAGACAACCAUGGAUACCAAUCCAACCCGACCUGGAAGAAACUGUGAGGGUGAGAUUGUGGAUCCUCUCACUGAAACGAUGGCUCCUGAAAUAACAAACAGCACAGAGGUUGCUCCUGAAGAAGCAAGCCCUGCAGGCCCUGCUUCCCCUGCCACCACCGAGAUGGUGGCUGCUGUAGGCUCUGAGAUGAGCACCACCAUACACCUCCCUGCUGCCCUGCCCCUGGGUGACAAGCAAGCGCCCCACGGUCAUUCUCCCACCAGCACUCCUCCAGCCCCUUGGAAAAAAGGCCUGGCACCACAGACGGGCUUCAGCAGGGACAACAGCCCCACGGCCACGGGGGUCACAGCCAGCAAGGAACUGGCCAUAAGUGCAGAGCGGCGGGCGGCCCUAAGUCCAUCGCAGCAAAGCUCUGUGGCAGAGGCUUCCCCCGGUGCAUUGCAGCGCGCGGCUGCUCUCACAAAUGCGCCCAUGGGCACAGCUGGGCAAGAGCAACUCAGUUCGCCAUUGCUGGUGUUUCCAAAUCAAACAGCCUCUGCUACCACCAGAAGUCACACAGCUUUUGGUGUGCCUCAAGCCAACUCUCAAGGUGGCCCCGGUACAGCUUUGCCGGCCACAGGGGAUGCUGGCAUUCCCACCCUCAACGCCACUCUCAGAGCACAUGUAGAGACGGGAAGAGAGAACAGCUCUUCGUUCGAGAAAGACGCAGGAGCUCUGGGGUCACCAGCUUUGCCAGGUGCCCCUCCAGCUCCCAGCCCAACGCCAGGCCCAGACACGGACCGCACUGUCCAGAAACUUAGUGGCACAGUACGGAUAACAAAUGUGAAAUACUCUCCGGGCUUUAGCAAUACAAGCAGUGAGGAAUACCAAACCUUUGCACAGCUCUUUGUUGAUGAAGUACCUAAAUCUCUGCCCCUUGAGGUUCUUCAGCAGAUGGAUGCUGGUCUGAUUAAAGUGUUGGUAACAGGUAUUACUAAUGGGAGCACAGUGGUAAGUUUCAAUUUACUGAUUGCAGAAGAUGUGGAUAUCUACUACAUCAUCACCACUUUUCGUGAUGCCUUUGAACACAGCUCCUAUUUCACAGUUGACAAGAGCAGUCUCUCCAUAAAUGAUUAUGAUGAGUGCAAAAGUGAAGAAGAUGACUGCUCCCCGGAUGCAUCAUGCCAUAACACACUUGGAUUUUACCAGUGCAGCUGCAAUGAAGGAUUUGCUGAUGUGUAUCCAGAAAGGCCUGGAAGAAGCUCAUUUCCUGUCAGCCAGAAGGCAACAGUGAUGAAUAAGAAACCUGUACACAACACAAUUUUACCUGCAACAUCUUUGCAAACUUCAACUCUUGUUUCUUCCCCUGCUUUAUUGGACUUCUCUACUGCUGAGCACAAAGCUCUGGAGGACACCACGUUCUCCAGCGUGGUGCUGCCUCCUCUCACCAUGGAUCCUGUGUCAACUCCCAACGUUUCUCCUCAAGCAUCUCCUGUCCCCCUCGUUAAACCUGCCCAGGAGGUUUCCAUUAAAGAUGCAGUGAGAGUGUUUUGUGAAGUCGAGAAGAUCGUCCUUGUCGUCCAGAAGAGAUUUUUACAGCAGGAGUCCAUCCCAGAAACCUCCCUGUACCUGGGGGAGCCUUGCUGCAACGUGAGCAUCAGCAAUGACACCCACGUUGUGCUGCAGGCAGGCUGGAGUGACUGUGGCACUGAAGUUGAGACCAACAUGACUAAUACUGUAGUGAAAACCAUCCUUCGGAAUGAUGUUUCUGCUCAGGGAGUAAUCCACCACUUAAAAGUUGCCAGUCCCAUUCACUGUGUGUUUCAAAACAAUCUCUUGACUUCCUCUGGAUACACUGCAGAAGGACUUUACACCAUCUUUGAGGAUUUGCAUGGAUCUGGACACUUCAGAACAGAAAUGCAGUUGUUUAUUGGAAACUCCCCAAUACCAAAAAAUUUCAGUGUCUCUGCCAGUGACGAUGUACUGAUUGAAGUGGGGAUCCAGAGAGCAGACAGCAAGCUCAAGGUGGUCCUCACUGACUGCUGGGCAACUCCAACUAAUAAUUCAGUGGAUCCCCUCUCAUUUGCUUUUAUCAGCAACAGCUGUCCCGUCCCAAAUACGUAUACCACACUGCUAGAGAAUGGGAAUUCAAGCAAAGCACAGUUUAAGAUGAAAAUUUUUUCCUUUGUCAACAAUUCUGUGGUUUACUUACACUGCAAAAUUCGUAUUUGUAUGGACACACCAGGAAGCACCUGCAGGACGAGAUGCCAUGCGGUUCGAUCCCUGGAGACUGGUGAAACCAUCACUACGCACAGAACAUCCUGGGGACCCCUGUGUAAAUUGGCUGGUGAACCUGGAGAGAAGGAGGCUGGGAUGGGAGUUGGAUACAUCAUCCUCAUUGCCUUUGCUGUGUUUGGUUUUGUGCUGGGCGUUGUGAGCCUUCUCAUUUUCCAGUACCAGCGAAAGACGGGAAGAUACAACUUCAGAAUCAAGUCUGACAACUUCAGCUACCAAGUGUUCUAUGAUUAGUGAUUUCCAGGUUACCAGAUUUGGAUCAUGUCUCAUCACAUGGAGAACUGAAGCUUGUCUUCACUCAGCAUUUGGCUUUCAUUACUCUUCACAAUGGUGGUCAUGAUUAGUUGCAACACUGACUCUUCCAAAUUAAUGUCGCUUCU